AUGAAAGGCGUCUUCACGCUUAAAAUAUAUAGCCUACGACGUCGAAUAGCCGAGCGUCUAUCGAAUAGGUUCAACGAAAAACGUAUCAAUGAAAUUGGUCCUGAUCUUGCGUGCCUUGAAUGGCUUAUGGAGUGUGGGUCGACUGAGAUUGAUGCAAGUGAUUCGGCAAUCGCGAACGAAGGAUUUAAAUAUUUUCGUGAUCUCAGGCAUUUAGAAGUGCUAAAAAUGAAUUUUUGUGAUUACUUCGAUGACGAUGCUAUUAGGGAACUGGCUCUGGGAAGACCAGCGGCUACUCUGCGUGAUAUAGAAAUUGUUCUUAAUCCUUCUGUGAGUGAUGGAGCAGUUUACUGGUUGUCACGGUUAACGGCUUUGCGACGAGCACAUUUCUAUUUUUUACCCUACGUCAGUAAUCGACAAUGGUUUAUACGACAGCUAAAGUUGGCUCUACCCAGGUCGGAAGUAAUCCUGUUUAGUCGAAAUUCAUAG